CUCUCAGAGGUUGGGCAGGGCGAGGAGAGAUCGGAGGGGGAGGAAUGGGUGAGAGAGAGAGAGAGGGCCCAGGGAGUGGCCGCUGUGUGGCUGAGAUCCGUUCCAAAAAGCCACGCUCCGAACUUCCUCUCCCCCGCCCCACACUUCGUAACCGCGCUCCGGUCUCUCUCUCCCUCUCUCCUUGUGGGCGCAUCCCAGAACUCUCUGUCGUCUGGAUCGUGGUUUCUCCACCGAGGGAAUAAGGUCGUAAGCACGACCACGCUGUCCGCAAUGGCCGGGUCCGCAUUGCGUCCUGCCAUUGCCUUCUUGCUGCUCUCUCUCGCCCUGUCGGCACCCACGCCGAAACCAGGGUUAAGCGACGAUGACCUCUUCGGUUUAUUUGACGACGACGACAAUGAUCCGAAGCCAACGACCAAAUCUCAGACCACAACAACCGCCGCCACUACUACAACGACUAAACCCCCACCCCCAAAGUCAAUGGAUGACCUCGACCUUCUGGACUUUGGAGAUGCGGGAAAGAAAUCGGACACGCCCACCAAGCCCAAAGACAACGACGUUCCAUCGAGGUCUGGCGGCGGUAGCGAGUUCAGCGACGAUGAUCUGUUUGGGGGUGGAGACCCAAGCAACAAGCCAGCGAUUCCAGCAAAGCCCAAGACGGAUCACAAUUUUGAUGGAACCAACGGUGGAUCGAUCAGUGACGACGACCUCCUCGACAUCACGGGGGGGAAGAGGCCAGUGGGGGGCGGCGGAAGCGGCGGCAGUGGUACCCGCGGAGGCAACAUCCCGUCUCCUACAACCGGACCGGACGCAGAUGCUGCGGUUCCCGGGACGGUAGCGGGGAUUCUGGGAGCGCUGGCGGCCGCGAUCCUAGCGGGCGGCUCCAGUUUCGUGGCGUACCAGAAGAAAAAGCUGUGCUUCAAGGCCCCCGACGACGGCGAGGGUCAACCUGACGGGCAGCGGGGCGAGGAUCCUCAGCUUAUGAACAUUAUCUGCCCCAUAGUUUUCAGCGCUCUGCUCAGCCAGGCGUCCCGGUUUUUCUCCGGAGGCGGCACGCAGCAGCAGCAGCAACAGCAGCAGCAGCAACAACAGCCUGGAUCGCCCCUACACGAUGGUUAUGUCGACGAGGAGAAGGUGUAACGACACGUGCCCUCGUUUCAACCGCCCGGCAAAACCAAACCAACCAGCCUCCUUUGCCGCCGCCGCCACCACCACCGCUCACGGCUCUGUGAAAAUUAGCACCACCAAAAAGUUUGCCAGGAAACGAAAUGAAUGGACGGAAGUUGCUUGUGCAUAUGUUUUUGUUGCGGUUGUUGCUGUAUCAUUCUCCAAUGUGUUACUCGGGCUGGUUGUUAGUCAUCGUGAUGUCCCGACGUUUCCUAUCCAUGCGCUGUGACGCACCUUAAAGUUCGUUUUCCCGAAGAAGCUCCCCAGCGCGUGGAGCGAAACGUCGGACGUCGUGCCGGAUGUCGCGCCGAUCGGCACCGUGGUACCACCCGGGGAUGGUACUGAUUGCGUUUCGUUCUUGUCGUGUCACAUUAGGUUGCACUGUGAGGGCGGCGCGUGACAGACGACAGGUUCGACUUUGAUUUUUUAAAUGCAGGACUUUUAGGUGUUACUGUUAAGAGAGGGACGAAGGGGGGUGGAGGGGUUAGGGUCAGGAAGGGCAGGGGGAUUACUCGUGCUUUGCUAUUUCAUCCGCGCCCUAAUUUACCCAGGAAAGACGCUGCUCUUCCUGCCAGAACUUGCUGCGUGAUGACGCAUUAUUUUCCCCGCCGACAGAAUUUUCUGAUCGGUGCCGUGUUUUACAAACUACAUUUUUUUUAGUUUUCAAGAGUGACUCGUGAAAGCCCUUAAUAUCUUUUUUAUCGGCACGACCUAAGUUUUUCUUGAAAAAAUUAAAGGGGUGAAAAAAAACGAGGGCAAAGAAACGUCGCUUCAUAUUGAGCGAGCGAUUUUGCCGAAACCGUUGGGGCUCCGUGUACAGAAUGUUGCGUUCGCAGCGUCUCGCUCGCCGAGUUUGCGAGCCCGGCCGCAUCCGACUUGGCCCCUGCCGUUUGGCGCCCACGGCAAGCGUCUGAAACCGGAGCGAUCGCUUUACGCGUGGACGUCGCUGCAACCAUUUGUGGAAAAUUUGAGCGACUGGCUGCUGCUUGCAGCAGACACGACGGACGUGGACUUCCAAGCGACGGUCUGCUCGGCGAUUUGUAGCGGUGCGUUCCGUCGCGCUGCAGAUUUCUGGACCGACAUUGUUCGGUACCAUCCUGAACACGCCGUUUACUUGAGACGUCGUGCAACUACUCGCUCGGCUUUCGACGAAGCACCCGCGGGCGUUUUGUUAGUUGCGCAAUUCGGACAGCGAUUUGGCUGCGUAACUGAUUGCUAUCGAGUGUGGAGCCGCUUUUGGAGCGAUCGUCCGCCGCCCUGCGCACACAGUAGUCAACUCGCGGUUGUCCUCGGGCAGUUUAUCCGGCGGCGCGGAUAACCCCGUUCUUGCAAACAAGUGAAUAAAAGUAUCUUUAAUCGCGCGCUGGAUUAAUUGUCGGCUGCUCUUCACCCGUUGGGGGUCAGGCGGUUGAUUGCGCAUGUGACCACCAAUCACGUCGGCGGGUAAACCGAUUUUAAGAAGCAAUACAAACGUGGGGCAACGCAUUCUCGCGUGUUCACCCGCGUUCUACGCAAGUAGAUUUUCGCCUUGGGUGACACGCUUUGCUUUACCCGUGUUUUCAUUUUAUCCAGGCCACCAACAACACCUGCCUCUACCCACCCGUGAUCGCAGCGAACCGAGAGAGUUGGCUUGUAAUGGUUAGACGUUGUGCGUGCAAAAAACUCCACGCGUGUGAACUCGUCCUCCCGAGGCCGGAGCCAUGUCAACAACGGUGAAUCGAUAGGGGAGAAGCCCGCCUUCUCCGUGACGUUUCAUGUUGUGUGCGUUUAAAGCAAAUCGGCUGAAAGAAAAACAAGUUAAAUAUAAACUUCCCGUUUUUGUUUUUUUUCAAAUGUAUCCGACUGUUCUCAUCCAACCGGGCUUCAUGAACGCGUGUAACGGUUUCUGUGUGGAAAGUUGGCCCGGUGGUGCAAGUGCUGUGUUUGAAGGGGGUGGAGGGAAGGUGGUGUGUGCUCUGCUUGAUCGCCUUUUGUCCAUUACCCAUGCCCCCCCCCCCCCCACCGUGUGGCGAGUUGAGCCAGCAUAUCGAUUCACGUCCUUUCACAGUCGGUUGUGAAAGGGCGAGAAUUUGAGAAUACGUCGUUGAUUCGCAUUACAAUGAUGGAUGGGCCGAACAAGCGUCCCAAAGUUUUGUAUUGUUGAACCGAGUAAGAAUAUUGAGAGACCAGGAUGAAGUCUCUUUUUCAAAGAGUGGCCUGAGUCUGUCUUUUUGCAACGAUUUGCAAUGUAUGUUCCCAAUUUAGUAAUGUGUGGUGUCAUUUUCCAAUUUGUAAGAAGAAGAAAACAACUGCAUGCCCAUGAAAUUGGUCCCAUCUGGUUCACAAGAUCCAUUGUUACUCAACUCCAGUCCUCACGGAUGCCCAUCGGUGUCCAGUUGCCGUUCCGUGAUCCUUUCAUUGCAGCCCUUUGUGUCGUCAAUCCACUCCUGGAUAAGGGCCCCACUCCUGGAUAAGGGCCCCACUCCUCGCAUCGUUGGGGCUCUCGCGAAAUUAUUUGACGAUAACUCACGUCGCUCGGAGGGGGAAACGGACCUCGAGCAAAGUACAAUGGAUUCCGUUACUACUGCCCUCUGCUGUCCACCAUGUGAACCGACAGCCAUAUUUCUUUUUUACCACGUGCAUAUUAAUUUGUAUUCGUGUGCGCCGCACAUGAAACACCGUAAAAUGGGUGGGGUUUGAGGGGGCGGUUACGAGGAUCAUCGUAUAAUAAAACCUGGGAUAUAUCAUGGAAAAAAAGUGUAAUAUCUCCAUACCAGGUGUAGUCUUGAGUGGUGUAUUAUUGCAUGCCGGGACGUUUCAUUGAUGUCCCGGGAAGACUUGCAAACGGCUACCCGGGCAAGCAGACUUAUGGGAAAAUCAGGACAGGUGGCAACCUUUAGCAAGGACUGGAGUUGACAAAACACAUACGUGAAAGAGUUGAACUGGUGACCAUGGCCAGCCAAUAAAAACACUUCCAUAAAUUGCAUGAAUAUUAAUGCCGCACUUCGAAUUUUGUUAUGCAUCAGCAAAGCUGUUUGUAAUAUAUGAAAUAUGAUUGAUUGGCAGUUAUAACCUUUGCAGCUUGGAAACACUCUGCUGUCUGCAUAUGCGAAGCCCAUUGAUCUGAGAUCCUCUUAGUCUAGGCCAGUUGGCGUCAGUAUUGUUUUGGGUUGUGUUAGAAUACAGAAUGAAAGUUAGAAAAAAAAGUGUUUACAGAUCUUUUGAUUUAAAGCUUUCGUGACUGCAGGGAAUAUGGUUACAGAUCUUCAAACCUAUGACCAAAUCAUCCGAAAAACAUGGCCAUUCUCGUCAGAUCUUCGAAGAUGAGCAGGGAUCAGAUCAGAAGUUUUUCCCCGAGUAAAAAAUGCCCUUUCAUCACCCAGCAGCAGCAGCGCAGUGAUUAGGGGCUGUACAACUGCAUGCUCAAAGACGUCCUCGAAUUGUGGGUUGGGGGGGGGUCACACGUUCGAACGGUUAGUUUAAAACUUUAUUUUAGCAACCGAUGAUUAUCUAAGAGCAAUACUGUGUGGACAAUGACGCAUUGUCUCAUUGUUAUUUUAAAUGGAGUCAGUGUUAUCGCAGAAAAGCGAGUGGGGUUGAGACCUGUGGUCAGUUGCAUGACGUAUUUUAAUAACAAUUUUAUUUACCUUUGAGAAAGCCUUGCCGAGUCCAAAGGCUUUUUUUUUCAGGAGGGACCUGCUACAUUGAUUUGUUGUUUCGCCAAUUCCAUCCGUGUUUUGGCUUUAUGUUGGAGAAAUCCGGAGAAAACGCACCACAUGCAAGGCGUUAACCCUCAAAGGUCCGCGCAAAUAGAUCACAGAAUCUGAUUGCUCUAAUGCAUCUGCUGGCUUUUUCGCAGGCCAAGUCUACAUCACUCUGUAAAGUAUUGCCAGGCAGUCUCCCAUCCCAGCACUUGCUCGUCUUAAGCCAAGUGGUGGUGGCUGUGUACACCUGGAAUCCAACACUGUGGAAGUCGUGGGGGAUAGUGGAUCACACAUGUGAAACAACCCUUCCUAUGGGUGUUUUUGAGGUGCAAAAUAUCCUGGCUUGCGAGAAGGCAGCAAAGUAAUAGUGUGGAUUCCGCCUGCUCCAUCGAGAUCUCCCAAUCACUCCGUUAUUGGCCAAUAACACCUUAAUUUAUAGAGGACCGCAGAGCUUGGAGAGGGACUUGGUGCCAGGUCAAUGUCUCGCUGCCUUUCCCAUGUGCGGUUUCCCGCACCUCCGAGUGGUUUUCUCCACGAGAGCGAGCGAAUGCUGUGCAGCGCGUUACAAAGUUGAAAUACUAACUUCGCCUAGCUUCUGAGAUGUAAUAUCACAGGAGCAUUCCAGAUAAUUUGAACUUUUAGCGAUUUAAGCGAGUUUUCCUCCGUCGUCGUGAAGUCGAGGAAAUGUUCACCUUAGUCGUUUCAUGCAACCAGCUACAAUAAUUGAGACCACAACGUAAACUAUUUAACGUAGAUUUAUAAACGGGGACAAUCUGACGGACAUUGGUCUCAUGGAACCUACAUCUAUUGUUUAAUGAGUUGUGUUGUAUUUUUAAAAUCUGUAUGCCUUGGCCAUUUACGUGAUGGUCACACUCCAGUUAAUGAAAGGUCAAAUAAAGAUCUGUUGGAUCUGUAUCACCGA